CCUGCCUCACAGAUGACUUCGAAUCGUACUCCUCAUUGAGACUUUCUGGAAUUCUCCCGUCAUCAUUGUGGACUCGUACUCGUAGAGGAGGUCGGUAGAAUCAGAAUCGGGACUCGGGACGAAGCUUUAUGCUAAGCAAUGUCGGCCGAAAGCUUAUGAUCCGAUAGCGAGUUAGUCAGACUGAUGAGGUAACCGGUUUCCUGCAUUGCAUCUUUAAGCCUGAAGCAUUGGGCUGCUGGUGAGGCAUUUGUGUGCGGUUGUCAUCUUCUUCCUCUCUCUCAAAUUAGAGUUAGAUGGUGCCUUUUUCCAGUAGUACCAGUCUUAAGCCAGUCGAGCCAGUACACCACUUGCAGAUUCAGGCGAGUGACGAUCCGGGGUGGAAUGGGGAUUUUGGCGAGGAUCCGGGCGGAUGGUGGAGGUGGAGGUGAAGGUGGUGGUGGAGUUGGAGUGGAGUUGGAGUGGAGUGGGAGGAACGCGCUGGCCAAUAAUGUACUUGGCUUGGCCGUCUGGGUGCUGGGAGAGGUGGAAGGUUUUGGCUUGAAAGUGCUUUACUCGUACAGUAGUAGACGCAGCCUCUCGCGACUCGACGAUGUUUGUUCUCUUUCAGCGCCUUUAAAUCUUGGCGCCCACACCCAGGAGCUCCAAGACUCCCCAAGGCUUCCUGCCAUUCACUCGACAUUCAUUGAUUAUUCACCUCCAUCUCAUGGUGCAACCGACGUCACGGUCACACUCACUUGCCGCUUGAGAUACGGUACCUACAAGUAGGCACCCAACGACCGAUCGCAUUCAUGUUGUUCAUCGCAUUCAUGUUGUUCAUCGAUCACUAUAACUUUGGCGCCCUUCCCUAGACAUCCCUCCCUCCUCUCGACACUCUCUCCCUGCGACGGGACUGGAUUGGGCUCAAUUGGCUUGAUAUCUGCCAUGGAUGACCGCACCAGAAACCAAGACGAGGAUACCAUGCCGUCCGUUUCUGGGACCAAUGACCCUGAAAGGAACAUUUCGACCAGAAGAAGCGAUGAGAAACGUCCCACAAGUACUCACGACCACGAAGACAAUCAUGCGACGGAGUGUAAGCGCGAUGCCAAUGGUCUGCCCCUCGUUCCACAGCCAAGUCGCUUCAAGGACGAUCCCCUGGUUAGUAUUCUCCAAUACACCACAGACAACUUAGACCUCAUGAGAACUAUAUCUAAUUCGAGAUCUGGGUAGAAUUGGCCUUCAUGGCUCAAAUGGGCGGUAUUGAUUCAGGUGGGAAUGAUGGCCUUUCUAGGUCCAUAUAAUGCAGCCUUGAUAAAUCCCAGUCUGGUCCUCCUUAGCAAGGCAAUGAAGGUCGAUGCCAAGAUUGCAGCAUACUCUACUACAACGGGCAUAAUAAUGGGAGGAAUAUCGCCUUUUUUCUGGACGCCCCUUACAAAUUACUAUGGACGUCGACCCAUUACACUUCUCGCCAUUUUAAUUACCCUUAUGGGCGGUGUUGGCUCUGGAGCCUCGCCGAAUUUUGAUGCGCUCCUUGUAACUAGAGCCUUGUGCGGCUUCGGAUUUGGGGGAAUGAUGUCUGUGGGAACAGCAUGCGUAAAUGAUAUAUUCUUUCUCCACGAGAGAGGUGAAAAGACAGGCGUGUACUCCAUCUUCAUUGUGAAUGGGGCACACGUUGCUGCAUUGAGUAAGUACUUCUUUCCAAUCCGUUUCUUCUAUUUGUGGGUCGUACUCACAAAUGUCCAGUCGGUGGAUUUCUUGGUGAAGCAGCUGGUUGGCAAUGGGACUACUAUCUGGGCGCUCUUUCGACGGCCGUUUCUCUAAUAGUCGCUCUCUUCCUAUUUCCAGAAACCCUCUUUUCUCGCGAUCCCGAAUUUCUUAGUAAUCGAACCCACGAAAGAACUUGCAUGCAAAUGCUAUUUUCCUUUCGAGGUAAUAUGAUACCAGGUCGUAAAUUACGUUCAUCCGACUUUCUCCAAUCCUUUAAAAUGCUUCAAUACCCUUCCGUCCUCUUUCCAUUUUGGUAUUAUACCUGGGCAUGGACCUUUAUCAACGUAAUGCCAGCUAUAAGCCUUGCCUACAUCUACACCAAAUUCUACAAUUUCAAACCAGGUCCAAUUGGAGCCUGUCUCGGAAUUUCUCUAUCCAUUGGCUCCAUCAUAGGAGAAGUCUUCGCCGGAAGAGCAAGUGACUGGAUCAUGUACAAAAUGGCCCUUCGCCACAGCGGAAAACGCAAGCCCGAAUUCCGACUCUACCUCCUCCCCCUCGCGGCCCUCACCAUGCCCUUAGGCCUCAUAAUCUUCGGCGCCACCGUCGGACGAACGACCUAUAUUCCUCCACUCGUCGGUCUCGGCGUCGGGGUCUUCGGCCUGCAAAUCACCAGCACCUGUCUCUACGCCUACAUCUCGGAUUGCUACAAGCCGCAGACUCCUGAGUCGGGCGUCUUGUUCAAUCUCAGUCGAGGACUCAGUUUCGUGGUGGGAUACUUUGCCCUGCCCUUUGCGGAUAAGGUCGGCUACUUUUGGGCGUGGUUUACGUUUGCCGGGGUGCAGACUGUGUUUUUUGUGCCGAUUGUUGGGCUCAUGAUUUGGGGCGAGAGGUGGAGGUGGAGGUUGGGGGAGCCGAGUUUUCAUCGGUUUCUUUGAGUUUUUUGUUGGAGGGGUUUUAAAAGGGAAUGGCGUAUGGCGAAUGGUUUUUGGGGGAGUUUUCAAUGGGUUCUAUGAUGUUAGGAUGAUGGGACACGCUAUUUUACGGGACGGAGUAAAAGUUGGAUACUGAUUUAUUUGGGAUUUUUCUGGAUAGGUCUUUGGGUUUCUGGGGGUAAGGCUUCGGUAGGGAUGUUGGGAAACCAAAGGCUGGCUAUCUAGAUGAUCAAAUAGCUAAUGAGAUUCAACAUUUUAUAUCAAAUCAAGUUAAGCGAGGAGAUGUGUGGGUCGCU